UGUGGUGAGUAGUUGACUAAAAGAGAGAGAAAGGCAGUAGUUGAAUAGUUUUCACAGAAUUUGUUUCUUCAAAAACAAAGGAGAAUCAAGAGAGAGAGAGAGAGAGAGAGAGAUUUCUCAAUCUUUUCACUUCCAGUUUCACUUACUUAACCAGCAAAUGCAGCUAGCUAGUUUAGUUACUCAAACACCAGGCUUGAACAGAGGGAUGCUAUGUUAGCUAGCUGGCUAUGACUAUUCAACACAACAAUGGGACUCUUCUGAGUCAAGGUACACUAAGAUGAAGACAGCCACCAACAUCUACAUAUUUAACCUGGCUCUGGCUGACUCCCUGGUCCUCGCUACCUUACCCUUCCAGGGAACCGACCUGUUCCUGGGCUUCUGGCCGUUCGGCAACGCCCUCUGCAAGGCCGUGGUCUCCAUCGACUACUACAACAUGUUCACCAGCACCUUUACUCUGACCGUGAUGAGCAUGGAUCGCUACGUGGCUGUGUGCCAUCCGGUCAAGGCCCUGGACAUGAGGACGCCCCACAAGGCCAAGGUGGUCAACAUCUGUGUGUGGGUCCUGGCGUCGGCGAUAGGGGUACCGGCCAUGGUGUUGGGAGAUGUGGAGGUUGAACAUAACAGUGUAGAGUGUAUCGUAGUCCUCCCAGACCCUCGUAGCUACUGGGACCCGGUGUUCGGCACCUGCGUUUUCCUCUUUUCCUUCCUCAUCCCAGUGGCCAUCAUCAGUGUCUGCUACAGCCUGAUGGUGAAGCGCCUUCGCAGCGUCCGCAUCCUGUCCGGCUCCAAGGAGAAGGACCGCAACCUGCACCGCAUCACUCGCAUGGUCCUGGUCGUAGUGGCAGCCUUCGUGGUCUGUUGGACCCCAGUCCAGAUCAUGGCUCUGGCCCAGUCAUUGGGCUUCAACCUGAGUAGCCUCCUCACCAUGGCCCUGAUGCACUUCUGUAUCGCGCUGGGCUACGUCAACAGCAGUCUUAACCCAGUCCUCUACGCCUUCCUGGACGAGAACUUCAAGAGGUGCUUCAGGGAGUUCUGCCACCCGGGUCCGUUCCGCCUGGACAGCCGGCAGCAGUCGGGUCGGAUGAGGAGCAUCGCCCGCGAGGUGGCUUACAAUUGCAAGACGGCGGAUGGGAAUACAAAUCCCGCAUGACUAGGCGUGGAGCUGCCCUUGGUCUGCCAGGAACCCCAGAACAACCACCACCAAAGGACAGGGAACUCCAACAUGGAGCUCACCCAGAUCACUACCCUCUAGCAGGGUGACGGCCCCCUGGGCUGGGGCCAAACGGGGAAAAGCCAAGGAAGAGGACCGGAGGUGGGCACUGUCCGAUUGGCCUGGUUGGGGCCAGAUCUGGGUCGGAGCCAUUUGGAGGCCUAACAGCAGGGUUAGGCAGUCUAACGGACCUUCUACUAGGGACUAAGGGGCUUCUCUGUGUCUUUAGGGAACAUGGAUGUUAUUAACAUGUAUGUCAUGUUGUCUUUAUUUAAUUGGUUUAAUCAUUUUCAGGACGAUUAAGUUCAGAGUUUAGGUCUAUGUGCUUCAUGGACAAUUUACGCGAAUGUCAACAGUUUUUGCUCACACUUAUCUCAACUCUGAGUCUGUUGAUUGGUUGAUUAAUUAUGACCCCACUUAUCUCAAACUCUGAGUCUGUUGAUUGGUUGAUUAAUUAUGACCCCACUUAUCUCAAACUCUGAGUCUGUUGAUUGGUUGAUUAAUUAUGACCCCACUUAUCUCAAACUCUGAGUCUGUUGAUUGGUUGAUUAAUUAUGACCCCACUUAUCUCAAACUCUGAGUCUGUUGAUUGGUUGAUUAAUUAUGACCCCACUUAUCUCAAACUCUGAGUCUGUUGAUUGGUUGAUUAAUUAUGACCCCACUUAUCUCAAACUCUGAGUCUGUUGAUUGGUUGAUUAAUUAUGACCCCACUUAUCUCAAACUCUGAGUCUGUUGAUUGGUUGAUUAAUUAUGACCCCACUUAUCUCAAACUCUGAGUCUGUUGAUUGGUUGAUUAAUUAUGACCCCACUUAUCUCAAACUCUGAGUCUGUUGA